AAACUAUUGAAGUAUAGUUAAAUUUAUUAUCAAAUAACAUUUUACAUAACUUUUUAUGAAACUCAUAUAGGUCACGUGACGUUUAAAGUCCCUGGCGCGAGCAGGUAAAGACACGCACAGUAGAGCGAGUUGAUAAACACUUGUCAUUGCCGUUUGAAUGUUUUCAUUAUUUUUUGUGGUUCAUGAAUUUUGCUCAAUUGCAUUCUCGUAAAAAAAGCAUGCUUAAAUUUUCUACUGAUGCAAGGCUUGUGUAAAAUUCAAUAAAAUGGAGCACCAUGUCAGUAUGUUUUUGAUUGUACUGCUAUCUGUCAGUGUAGUUCAAAUUAAUGGAGAAUCUGUAUUUAAUUGGUUAUGGGGUCAAAAAGUGGAAGCAAAAUUAAUUUCCAACGGGGUUCCAUUACUUUCUGUUCCUUAUGAAUCAUUAACAGAAGAUGAAAAGUUUCUUAAGGAAGCAGCAAAGUUUGUAUCUGACAUUCAAAUAUCUUCACCAUUAGAGGUUUGUCAGCACAAAGUUAUAUUGAAGAUCAAAACAUCAUGUAGCAGUAUGACAGAAGAGCAACUUGCUAAAUUAAGUGUGAAUUUACUUAACUGUCAGUCAGAAAGUGAGGGAAGAAAAACUUACCGUUGUACAGAGGACAUGACAAUUAAACAAUGUACAACAAACAUGGAUGCCGAUACUUGGAAUGCCUACCAUUUGAUGAGCAAUCGAGCUAGGGCUGUGUGUUAUGCAGCAAGAAGUCACCAGUUUCGUGCUUUGACUGAAUUAACUGUUAAUAAAUUAAUGCAAUCUGCUCAUUCUCAAAUUGAAACUUUAUCCUCAUUGAAGGAAAGUCAAGACCGUUUGGAAGAGCAGACACAUGCUGCACAUAAAAUAAUAGAGUCUAAUAUUGAGGAUCUCACUGAGGAAAAAGCUCUUAUUCGAGCAGGACAUGAACAGCUAGCAGCCAUGACUGAAGAUAUACAGAAAAAAUUAGAAAAGGCAAGUAACGAACUUUUAGAGCAAGCAGAAGAGCAUGGUCAAAACCAUGAAGAGAUUAUUGCAGAUUUGAAAAGCAUUCAAAAUCAAGCUCAGCAACUGUGGGAAAAAAUUGAAAGCAGUACCAAUAGAAUCAUUCAUCAGAAUCAAGAAGCUGCUUCUCAGUAUCAAGAAACUUUAGUUAAGCUUGAAAAAAUCAAUCAGACUAUUGUUUACAUAUGGGACUUGACUAAUAACAUGAGAACUGAAAUAGAUAAAAAGUUAGGAUGGAUUACUGAGUACAUUGGAACAACGGGAGAAAAUUUAGAGAAAGUAUAUCGCAUCACUUUGCACCUAGUUUACUUAUUCGCAGCUAUGGUUGUUGCAGCUUUUUUACAAGCCCCAUUUUUAACAAGAUCAGCUAUAUUAGGAAUAGUUCCUCUGAAUUUAGCUUCAUAUUUGAAACAUGGCUUAAGUGCUUGUCUUGAUUUUAUUUCCAUGUCAAUGUUGAUACUGCUAAUAACUGCAAUGCAUUUCAUUAUGAGUGGCAUACAUUAUUUAUUGCGUCCAAAAGAUGACAAUGAUAAAGAAAAUAAAGAACAACAGUCUGCAUCUUUUAUUAAUGGAACUACAGAAUCAAAUGGCUACACAAAAGUAGUCUCCCAUACACAUCAACAUGCACCCAGACAAUCUCUUGGACUUAGAAUUGUGAAUAACAUUUAUGAUAAAUGGGGUUACAUCAACUAUCAAAUCACGCACAGCAUAGUAAACUUAAAAAACAUCAGCGAUUCAAUAGUAUCUUGGAUCCGCCAAAAGUUUGUUUCAACAGAGGAACUUUCAUGCACGUAUCUACCAGAAAGGCAACGUCGUGCGUACGUAUCCGAAAGAUAUCCUAGCAUAUCAGAAGACAGUGCUGAAUUUCCUGAUGAACAAGAUGGCAGUUAUAUCAUUAGCGAUGACGAAAGUAAUACUAGUACUGUAUUAAGAGCAAAAUUCUUACAGAGAGAUUCUCCACAACAAAAUUUCCCGAAAGGACUUCGCGAUUCUGCGAUUCGUAAUACUAUGCAUGUUCCUAGGGAAUCUCUUAAGCUACGAAGUUUUACACCAGUUAUGACUAAAAGUGUUUGCGGAGCGACAACUCGAAGUGGAAAUCCAUGCAGAAAUGUAAUAUCAAAGGAUCAAUUUUACUGCCAUCGGCAUACUUCAGGAUCGUCAAUAAUAGGUGAUUAGUUUGGAUAGAUAAUUUUUCGUAAUUGUACAAAGAUAUUUAAUUUAAUAGUGAGUAUAUUGCGGAAGAAUCUAUUUUUUUAAGUUAUCAGACUGUGUAGUUAAACUACCUCAACUGUGUAGUUAAACUACCUUAACUACCUUGCGUAGAAUAAGGAUCGCAAUUAUUAUAUAUUUAUACUAUUUUGUACAAAAACUCAAUUUAUCUCUUAGUCCAGUCUGAUCUAAGCAUCAUUAUUCAAUGUUUAUUAAGUGAUAUUUUUACAUAAAACAUGGUAAUUGUAUUAGGUGAUUGUUUUUGUAUGUGAAAGGUUGCGAUUAAUUGACAAUUUCAAAAUGCUAGCCUAUAUAUAUAUAUAUUACAAGGUAUGUGUAGAGAAUGAAUGCAUCAAUUUGAUA